AGUUUUCGGGCGGAGUCGACUGCAACUGGGAUAUAUCUGUGUGCAGUGAGUACGCAGGAGCAAGCCGUGUACAAGUCCGUCGGUUUUUGGAAUUUGGUACUCCGGAGAGGGACCGGCAGCCAGAAGGGAACUGAAUAAAGAAAGAGCACCACACAGUCGAAAAUGUCUUCGAAUAAAGACGAUGGUGGAUGGAAGAAGUUUGUAUGGGAUUCGGACAAGGGGGAAUUUUGUGGACGCACAGGGGGGAGUUGGUUUAAAAUUCUAGGGUUCUACUUAAUCUUCUAUGCUUUUCUGGCUGGAGUAUUCAUCGGCACCAUCCAGGCCUUGCUUCUCACCCUCAGUAACUACAAACCCACCUGGCAAGACAGAGUUGCUCCCCCAGGCCUGUCACACACCCCACGCUCCGACAAAUCCGAGAUCGCCUUCAACUUGAAUGAUGUGGAGACCUACUUGACUUACACCAAGGCCAUGCGAGAGUUCCUGGUUAUGUACGACGACGACAAACAGCGGGACCAGAUGAAAUACGAGGAUUGUGGAGAGCAACCCGAAGACUAUAAGAACCGUGGUGACCUGGAGAGUGAUGUGGGGAUCAGGAAGGCCUGUCGCUUCCAGAGGAGCUGGCUUGGGCCUUGCUCCGGGAUGGAAGACAGAGACUUUGGCUUCAAGGAAGGAAAACCCUGCCUGAUCGUCAAGCUCAACAGGAUCGUCAACUUCAGGCCACGGCCCCCCAGCUCCAAUGAAAGCAUCCCUGAGGGAGCCCAGACCAAGGUCCAGCCCAACGUCAUGCCCAUCUUCUGCACCAACAAGAGAGAGGAGGACGCUGGUAAGAUGGGUGAGGUGAAGUACUACGGCAUUGGGGAAGGUUUCCCCCUCCAGUAUUACCCUUACUACGGCAAGCUGCUCCACCCCCAGUACCUGCAGCCCCUAGUGGCCCUCCAGUUCGUCAACCUCACCAUGAACACCGAGCUGCGCAUCGAGUGCAGAGCCUACGGAGAGAACAUUGGCUACAGCGAGAAGGACAAGUUCCAAGGAAAAUUUGACGUUAAAUUCACUGUCACCAACUUAUGACCACAGUUAGGUUCAUAGCACUUUUUCUCUCCAGCCCCCUCUCCCUCCCUAACCAUUUCUCAAAGUAA